UGCGGCACCAAACGCCCAGAAAAGGUCCGCGCGCGCGCUGCUCCGCUCCGCCGAACCGCUGUUCACUGCACCCCGCUGUUCCACUCCACUUUCACAACAACUUCUCUUAGUUAUCAGUGUCAGAGGACUUCCCUUCACCCGGGUCUCCCCCCCCCCGUUAUCGAGUUCCCGUUAAAUCCGUUGGGAACAGAAAAGGGGGUUGCGUGCUUCUUGGCUUGUGCCGGGCCACGCGUUUUACUCAUGGAGGGAGACGUUAUGGACAAGCUGGACGACAUGGCCUCGGUGUACGAGUUCGACCCGUUUACAGGCAACAUUCCCGCGACCAAAGUGGAGAUCACAGUCUCGUGCAGGAAUCUUCUAGACAAAGACACAUUCUCCAAAUCAGACCCAAUGUGUGUCCUGUAUACGCAAGGAGUCGAGACGAAGCAAUGGAGAGAGUUUGGCAGAACUGAAGUGAUUGACAACACGUUAAAUCCGGACUUUGUCAGAAAGUUCAUCCUUGACUACUUCUUUGAAGAGAAACAGAACCUUCGAUUUGACUUAUACGAUGUUGACUCUAAAAGUCCAGACCUCUCAAAGCAUCCCUCAGAGUUCAACGAUUUUCUUGGGCAGAUGUUUUGCACCCUGGGCGAGAUUGUCGGCUCACCAGCAAGUCGAUUGGAGAAAACCCUUGGGGGGAUCCCUGGGAAGAAGUGCGGAACCAUCAUCCUGUCAGCAGAAGAGCUGGGAAACUGCAGGGAUAGUGCAACCAUGCAGUUUUGUGCCAAUAAGCUGGACAAGAAGGACUUCUUUGGGAAGUCGGACCCCUUUAUGGUGUUCUACAGAAGUAACGAGGAUGGAACGUUCACCAUCUGCCAUAAGACGGAGGUGGUGAAGAACACCCUCAAUCCAGUUUGGCAGUCUUUUACCAUCCCAGUGAGAGCACUCUGCAAUGGGGAUUAUGACCGAACGAUUAAGGUCGAGGUGUAUGACUGGGAUCGAGAUGGAAGUCACGAUUUUAUUGGUGAGUUCACCACCAGCUACCGAGAGCUAGCCCGAGGUCAGAGCCAGUUCAAUGUGUACGAGGUGGUGAAUCCGAAGAAGAAGAUGAAAAAGAAGAAAUACGUCAAUUCUGGCACGGUGACGCUGCUGUCUUUUUCCGUGGAGUCUGAAUUCACUUUUCUAGAUUACAUCAAAGGAGGGACCCAAAUCAAUUUCACAGUGGCCAUCGAUUUCACCGCGUCUAAUGGUAACCCAUCCCAGUCCACGUCCCUCCACUAUAUGAACCCUUACCAGAUGAACGCCUACGCCAUGGCACUGAAAGCCGUAGGAGAGAUCAUCCAGGACUAUGACAGUGAUAAGAUGUUCCCUGCACUGGGCUUUGGGGCAAAAUUACCCCCAGAUGGACGUGUGUCCCACGAGUUCCCUUUGAAUGGUAAUAUUGAAAACCCCUAUUGCAAUGGGAUUGAGGGGAUCUUGGAGGCCUACCAUCAGAGCUUAAAGACCGUCCAGCUUUAUGGGCCAACAAACUUCGCCCCUGUUGUUAACCACGUAGCCAGCUAUGCGGCGGCCGUCCAGGACGGAUCACAGUACUUUGUCCUCCUCAUUAUCACAGAUGGAGUUAUAUCAGAUAUGGCCCAGACCAAAGAGGCCAUUGUGAACGGUGCCAAGCUUCCCAUGUCAAUCAUCAUUGUUGGAGUGGGCCAAGCAGAGUUCGAUGCCAUGGUGGAGUUGGAUGGUGAUGACAUAAGGAUUUCCUCACGAGGGAAACUAGCAGAAAGGGACAUUGUACAGUUUGUGCCAUUCCGGGACUACAUGGACCGGACGGGUAAUCAUGUGUUAAGUAUGGCGCGGCUGGCCAAAGAUGUCCUGGCAGAAAUCCCUGACCAAUUUAUUUCAUACAUGAAGAGCCGAGGCAUCAAACCCAACCCAGCACCCCCUCCUUACACACCCUCAGGACAUACACACCACACUCAGAUAUGAGGCCACCCUUCCCUGAGGGGCUGUUCAGCCUGACAGCAGCCUCCAUGGAAUUAAGGGAUUGGGACUGAUGGAGCAGCAGGCCACUGGCUCCGUGCAUAACUCUAUAUACGGUCUCUCUGGGACUCUCUGAGAUGCCAAGGCAUUUCUGUUACUGCUUUUGUUUCCUGCCUGUUUUCUCUGGGACAACAGCAUGAUCAAAGAAGCACACUUCAGUCAAGUUUUUGUCAGAAAAGAAAAAAAUGAAAUGAAAAAAACAACAACAAAAAACAAAUCUCGGCUCAUGACUGUUUCUCUUUUGGAGCAGUGAGUUGAGACGGAAGGAAGAGGACAAUAUUUGUGGAUUCAACUCGUGCCUGUCUGUCGUUGUCUCAGUGUACCUGGACAAGUAUUCCCUGCUCUGACCGUUGACCUUACUCCACAUUGGUGUACUAUAUGCAUUCAGGUGAAGUUUUCUGAUACUUUUCUUAGUGGCAUUCUCACUAGACUCAUGAGACUUCUUCAUGUGCAUUUGAUUUGGCACUUCUGUGCGCCACUUAAGUUGCUUUUUAGUUCAUAGAUUUUGUUUCUCGUCUGUUCAAAGCAUGCUGGUGAGAGGAUGAGUGUUUCAAUACAGAAAAUACACACAAAGGGGUCCGUUUCUUAUCCAGAUCUGUUAAAAAGCACAGCAGUAAAAGUUUAUUCCUAAUUAAAUGCUCAAGGGAGAAAUUAAACUUUUAAGCACUAGGCUCUCUCUCAGAUCCACUGCCAAAUUGAUUAUAUAUCUACAAACAUAUUGCACACUGCAACGCAAAAGGUUUGUUUUUAUUUCAUGUUUGCUCUGUGAUGUGAUAAGAUGGACGGUCGCAUCUGCUGUCCAUGCAGUCAGUCACAUUUCUCUCUUUAUCUCGUCUCCUCAGCAAGAUCUGCUGAAUAUUGUGGCCCACAGAAAAUAAUUCAAUUUUGCCAAGAUGAUUUUAAACAAUUGAGACCAGACCUCUGUGAUGGACUGAAUUACAGUCCCGGAUGAUUAAAAGAUUGAUAGGUAUCAUCACAGCUCUGUUACUAUUUGCAGCAUGUUUUGUUCUCUACAGGUCUGAUGAGUCACAAGCAACUUAGACGUGGCAUUUUUGGCGACCUGUUCAACUGUGUGUGCGGUAAUGCAGCACCAAUGAGUCACCAUCGCAUCUAAGUGCAUUAACUAAUUAAAGCACACAAGAUUAGCAUUACCAUUGCACGUCUAGUCAGAUUGAACGCUCCAAUGGUUCAAACAUUGCUUCUGGUUUUAUGAUAUGAUGCUAGAGGGAAAAGCAAACAGAUCAGCCGUAUGUCAUUAUUUUAGUUAUUCAUCAUUUCCCGGCUCGAUAUUGAUAUUCAUGUAAAUUACUUAAAAGAUAUUACAGUAUCAUGUAUAUAGAUGGCACAUGAUUUCUUUCUCCCUAUUUAUAAGGUCGCUUUUUCCAUAUAAAGCUAUGUUAUGAAUUCUAGGUUACACAAUAUGCUCGCUGUCCCACCGUGUAGGAAAACCCAUACCCCUGUUCAUGAUUCAUGCAACCAUCUUUCGUUCAUGUGGCAAAAGCACAAUGCAUAAAAUUAUGCAGAUCCACAGCUUCAGUUAAUGUUUACGUCACAGUCGGUGAUUUGAUUAUUUAUUACUGAUGGUCUCCUGGGAUUUUCAGGUCUCUAGAGUUUACACAAAUCUGUGUGAACAUUUUUAUUUAUUUAUUUAUUUUUAAAUCCAGCGAUGAGUGGCAAUUCUAGCUUGUUGAUUUUAUGUGUUGAGCUGCUUCCACAUGAUUGGCUUAUUUUAUGGGCGAAUAGGGGUCCAGUUGUUCCUAUUAAAGGUGAGUGUACAGAUAAUGUAUAUAAGCAAGGCAUUAUUAUGCCUUUAUACAUCUAAAUAAGACAACUAAACAUAUAUACACUAUGACCAAACUUAAGGGACACCUGAGAUCACACCUGUAUAUGGGCCACAAAUUGAACAAAGUAAGGUUUUGGAAUGGUUACAUACAGAUGUUCUAGUCGGGUGUCCACAAACUUUUGGCCAUGUAGUGCAUUUUAUGAGAAACAAUCAGAUGGCUUUCAAUAAAUUACACUUGUGUUGUCAAAAGUUUUGGGACGUCUGCCUUUACAUGCACAUGAACGUAAUAUGGAGUUGACCCGACCUUAGCAGCUUCAACUCUUCUGGGAAGGCUUUCCACAAGGUUUGGGAGUUGGGGUGUUUAUGGGAAUUUUUGCCCUUUCCUCUAGAAGGUUAGUCACUGAUGUUGAACAAGAAGGCCUGGCUGUCGGGCUCGGCACUAAUUCGUCCCAGAGGUGUUCUAUCAGGUUGAGGUCAGGACUCUGUGCAGGCCAGUCAAGUUCCUCCACACCAAACUUUCUCAUCCAUGUCUUUAUGGACCUUGCUUUGUGCACUGGUGUCCAGUCAUGGUGGAACAGGAAGGGGUCAUCCCCAAACUGUUCCCACAACGUUAGGAGCCUGAAAUUGUCCAAAAUGUCUUGGUAUGCUGAAGCAUUACGAGUUCCUUUUACUGGAGCCAAGCCCAACCCCUGAAUUCAAUGAUUUGGAGGGGUGUCCCAAAAUGUUUGGCAAUAUAGUGUAUCUAAGCUGAUGUCUGAUUGUUUACUAGCUUGAAGAGUUUUUCUGAGGUUUACAGUCAAGGGAGUGCUAGUAAUGUGGGGAAAAUACAUCUGAAUCACCACCAAAAUCCCUUUCGUUCCCACAGUUAAAUUAUUCCAAAGAAGGAUUACCGAAACCUAUUUACCAUCUGCAUUCCAACUAUUAAUCAGUUCUAAUUCACCCAGAGUGCAUCAUCGUGUCUCUUCUAUACUCCCAGACAACUCGCCGUACAACUCACUGCUACCAGAGAUACAGCAUAUUGACGUGGAUAAAAAUAAAUAAAUAAAUACAAAAUACACAAGGGGUACAGAAAGGAUAUUUAGAAUAUAUCGCUCUCUGUCAGACAUUUUCAAAGAUUUCUAAUGUUGCACAGCAAGAACAAUGCUGCUUACUAAUUUAUUUCAUUCAUUUUCUAUUCAUUUACUUUAUAAUUAAGGCAGAAUGCCUUUUGAGCGUAUAAGCAGUUAGAAAAAAAACCAAGACUCUUACUCAGGGGUAACAGUGUGUCCUGAGCAGUUCUGGGAUUUAACUUCUCCUACUGAAUACUGAGUGAAGACGCUCAUAUAGAAAUGAGUGAGUCUGUAUUUUUUAGCAGUUCAAUCAAAAUGUUUAAGGAAGCACUUUACUGUCAAGAUGUCAUUCCUUAAGAAUUUUACGUCUGUACGUGAGCCCUUCUCAUAUCGUUUAUGAAUUUAACUUAUCGUCUGUAGUGGACGAUGAGCGUUUGAUCGCACCUUUAUUCCCCAAGCGCACCUGAUUUCACCAUGUUAGGGGGAUGUACAGAUAAACAUUCCAUGCCAACAUCUGUAACAUACUGUAGAGACAAUUUCAACCAAUUAAUUGUGCAUGUAACUGCCAAAUCUAGCAGCAGGCUUAGUGAACUCCUUUUAUUUCCUUGUUGAACCUGUACUAAUUUUUUUUGUGGGGUUUAUUUAGUUUGGAAACUGGUGACCCACAGCAUGUCACACGGUCUGUUUAUAACCUUUUUAUUUCUUUUACGUUUGAUUUUUUUUUUUUUUUUUUUUUUUUAAAUAUAUGCAUUACUUUUCAAUUAUUUGUUGUUUUUACUUUGAGUUAUUUAUUAUUUUCACUGGCAUGUUUGAUUUUUCACCUCAGAUUUAUUCUAUUGUACAUGAUUGUUGUUAUAACGGUGGGUUGUGAAAUGCUUUGU